GCCUCUGCUUUGUGGUGGGGACCUAAAGGCUAUGCCGUUGGCUUCUUUCACAAUCCUAAAAGAGCUGCCAGCAUGGAUUUUCCUGAUCACAGCAAGAACCUGUUACAGAGUCUGCGCAAUCAACAACACGAGGGUUUCCUUUGUGACUGCACAGUGCUGGUGGGCAACACCCAGUUCCUGGCCCAUCGGGCUGUGUUGGCCUCAUGCAGUGCCUUCUUCCACAUGUUCUACAAGGAAGGGCUGGAUAAGGGGGACUUAGUGUGCAUCAACAAUGAAAUUGUCACAGCCCCAGCAUUUGGACUGCUCCUGGAAUUCAUGUACCAAGGCGGCCUCUCCUUCAACGACACACCGGUGGAAGAUGUCCUUGCGGCUGCGAGCUACCUUCACAUGAAUGACAUUGUGAAGGUAUGUAAGAAGAAGUUGCAAGCCCGGGCUUUGGCAGAAGCAGACAGCACCAAGAAGGAAGAGGAUUCCCCAGCCAGUUCAGAACUCCUACCCAGCACUUCCAAGUGCCAAUCGCAACCUCCUGUGGCCCAGUCUUUGCCCCCGCCAGCUCCUCAACCUUGUGAAGCAGAGAAGAAAAAUACAGAGGAAUGGAAAGGGAUAGAGAAAGCUGGUUCAGAGGAACCGCUAGCCUCCACGCUGGAUGUUGCGGACACCACCCAACCUGGCAUGGAAGGCGAUUCUCCACAUGCUCUUCCUCCAACGAGACCUCUCCCACCAACUAUUGUUGACAUCUCCCUCUCCAGCCCCAGCAGUUCUACGGAAACCAUAUCACAUAGCUGCUUUCCUAUGGGGAAUGUAGUUGAGGGGCCUUCCAGUGUGGACACUGCUCCAGGGAAGUAUGUGGAACAGCGGGAAGGGAGCAUUGGUGCAUUUUGCCAGAAGGAGCCAAACAGGUCCUCUGUGAAAGUCAAAGUGGAAGCCAUUGUGAUCUCUGAUGAGGAGCCAGAUACAGCUGAGCAGCUGGGGGGACAAAACCCAGAGGGAAGGCUGGAGAGCAUCUUCCAGCGGUCCACCACAGAGGCAGGGUCAGUUGGGGGCUGCAGCCGUCACCUGGAUAACUUUGCAGAGCCUGGUGGACUAGAGGAGGUAUCGUCAGAGGGCAGCUUCCUGCCUCAGGAGCCUGUACCCUAUCAUAUGAUCCCCGUACCCAGUGGGCAAAGUUUCUCCAACAUGGCAAUUCCGCCACUGCAUGAGCAGAUGUAUAUGCAGGACUACGAAGUUCACCCGAAUUUUGGCAUCUUCACAGAGGACAUGCCCACUUGUAAGACGUGCGGAAAGACCUUCUCGUGUUCCUACACUCUUCGGCGCCACGCCACCGUCCACACACGGGAGCGGCCCUACGAAUGUCGCUACUGCAUGCGGAGCUACACUCAGUCCGGAGACCUCUACCGGCACAUCCGAAAGGCACACAAUGCGGACCUGGCAGCCAAACGUUGCAAACAGGAUGUAGAGAACCCGUCAUAGGGCCAGGGUGAGGUUCAUCAACUCAAUUGCUUCCCAACACAAAGGCCAAAUUUUUCUCGUUUUUGAACUUUGUGCAAAAAGCCACAGUGUCUGUAGCCGAGUGACAAAGGAGCCUCCUUCCGAGCCACUGACCACAUCGUUCUCGGGUCAGUCAUCUCACCCAAUCCCUCGAUGUUGCUCCAUCUUUGCCUCAAGGAUUCGGUAACAUUUUUUCACAGGGUAGUUCUUGGUCAACACAAUUCAAAUCCAGGCGUUGGAUCCUGUACAUAGUUGGAAGAAGCCACAUAAUAUAAACUCUUAGUAAUUUGGGAAGAAUGUUUUCCAUAUCUAUUUAUGUACAAACUGUCAGGGCUGCAGGAAACAUGAGACUGGAGAAGGAAGGACAUCUCCUGGUUCCCCAUCCAAGUGAUUCUGGCUUUAUUUUUGUGCAAAGAGGUUGUGGAAGCUUUUUAAUCGUAGCAGUUUAUGUAGAUCACAAUUUCACUUGAAAACCCCAAACAUCUGUGCAGAAUUGGUCACAAAGGGGUAGUAGCAACACCCUAGAGAUGUGAAAGUCCAGGGAAAAAUGGGGAAUUUUUUUUUUCUGUUACUCCCUAUGGACUUUUUAAAAUGUUCCCAAUUUUAAAAACCGAGGAAUGUUGGAGAGCACUGAAAAAAAACUUCCAUUAAUUUUUUUCUUUAUUGUAGAAUGAGUAAAAUGUUUGUUGAAUUAAGGGGUUUUUAUACUCAAAGCAUGAAAAAGUUUGAGGAACUUUUUCAUUUUUUUCACCAAAAAAACUGGGAAAUUUGGGGAAACACUGAAUAUUCUAUGAAAUAUUGUUUCUUUCUAAGUGAGAAAAACCUUGUCUUAAAAAGCAUUUAACUCAUUCCAAAUGCAUAGCAUGAAAAAAUCUGGGAACUUUCUCAGGACUUCAGUGUUCUCAACAUUAUGAAGUUUAACUUAAUAUCCAAAUAUGCUGGUAGUCCUACCUAUUGGGACUGCAUGAAAGUGUUUCUGUCCAAACAAUACACUCUCUUUUGUUUACUACAUGUUUUUAAUCUUUUUUCCGACCUCUUAGUUGGCAAAAAGAUUCACUUUCUACAGCAUAGGGUGCAGCAGUUUGCAACUCUUUCUCAAGUAUAUUGGGUAUAUUUGCAAUUUUUCUUACAGAAAAUGGAAAACUGUAUACUUAUAAAUUCCAUAAAUAUGCCAAAUAGUAACAUUUCAUAUGUCAACUAAAUUAUCAAUGAUGAAUUUUGUAUUCUUACAGUGCUAAAAUAGGUUUUGGUUGGAUAUGAAAGUGUUGGAUAUAUUUCAGUUUUUCUCAACAUUUCCUCCUUCCCAAAAAUCCAGCUUUCCCCCACAAUUUCAAAAUUUCUGGAAAUUUUACAACUCUAAGCACAGCUGUAAGGAAGCUCUGGGUCCUAGUGCCAUAUUCCCUUCUGUAGUGUGAUGAGAAAUGUUGGCAAAAGUGGGUAGGGCAUUGCUUUUUUGGAAUAUGCAGUGUGGAAGGACAGAUUUGUCCAGAUCAUAACAGUCUCCAGUGAGGCUGCAGCCAGCUCACCCAGGCUGUACCCACAUUCUAAUAUCCCCCAUUUACAAAUGGAGGAUGAGAGACAGGAGCUGGGAUCUAUGGGUGGCAUAGCUGGGACAUGAACGCUUCUUCCUCAGCUCAAACUUACUCCCCCCGACACACACUUUCUGCUUCAGAUUCUCACAUCUGCCGUCAGAGCAGCCACUGCCAGUCUUCCACCUGCCUCCAGGACUUCCUAGCCAUCCCCCUGUGUAGUGUUUUUUUCCAACCUGUUAACUUCGUAAGCAACUGCAAAGCAGCCUCACUGCCAAGGACACACCAUCUAGAGUAAAAAAUCAAGCACCAAGUGCUCCUGUCCACUGUUUCUUGUGUGUGUUCUCUUUCUUUUGUCUGUGUGUGUGUGUGUAUUUGCAAUACAAAUUUAAACCAAAAAGCACCUUUACUUGAUAUGCAGCAUGUUAUUAGUGUUCUAAAUUU